AUGGGAAAGCGAUUAUCGGUCGUAAUUAACAGUGAGACUAGGACCUCUCUCAAGUAGGGCGAGACCUCGUCUAUAAUCUUCCGAUUCCUUUCGAACCGUUUUUUCGCACGGUAUUGAUAGUACACCAGCAAACGGCGUUGCAAAGCCUGCGGCAGUUCCUUGUAUCGCAUGUACUCCUGCAGCUGUUGCAUGAUCUUUAGGUGACGCUUGAUCGUUAUGUGAAAGGUUGUUAGUAAAUCCGAGACUUGAGCUACAACGAAACGCCAUUGACGGUUCAUUCCGAUCGCGUUGAAUGAAUGUAGUCGGUUUGCUUUUAUUACUCGCAUACGCACUUAUCAAGUACGCGAAACCGAUGAAUCCGCAGACCGUCAGUAUCAUGUUCAGUAUCAUAUCUUCGGGAGUUUUCAUAUCCAGAUAAUGGGCGGACCGCACCAACGCGGUAAUCGCACGAUUCAAGCACACGAGAUACAUUUCGGUCUUGGUGGUCUUCGACCGAAAGUACUCCGAAUUAAUCCAAGAUCUGAAAGCGGAUUUCCGAUAAAACCGAAAUAGGUUUGCAAUAAGAAACGCGAUUAGGAGGAUGAUCAGCUGACUGAGAACUCAAUGUGCCCAAGUGGCCCACGGACAUGGGAACGUAGUACUCUAUGCACGCAGCCCAGUGUAUGCACAGUACGAUGAUCACGCUCGUUUCCAGAAUCUUGAACAGUUGAUACUUUAUCCGGUACACCUGGAACCGCGAAAUCACUGUAAUUCCCGAGUUGCGAAGUCACCCUGACGACGAACUAACUCCGUGAAGUCUACGGAAGUACAAGAUUAUAUUGCGAAUCCGUAAUAGCUUCAUCAUGUUCAGAGUGGUGCAGAACCACGUUCCGUUGGGUAGAACGAUCUCGACGAAACUUAUCGGUAGAAUGGUCAUCAGAUCCGCCAGGAAAUACUUCCUCAGAUACUUUCUGCGUGGGAACGAGAAUCUUUCAGCGAUUCGUUAAUUCGACGAAAUGAUCGAGUAAACGUACAUCGCUACUAUCCUUGGAUCCAGGACUAUCAUCUUCGUUCGAUAGUCGUAAUAGCCUGUGAAGAACCAUAAUACAAUGUCGCAGAAGAAGACGAUGUUCAUCGUAUCGUUGACCGUGUGCCAGUAUUCGUGCUCGUCGAAGUAGAAGGCGAUGGAGACUGGAGUGACCAGAAGAGCCACUGUCGUGAACACCGUCAUGAACAGUUCCCAACAGAUGCUGGAAAGUAAAUCGAGUGAAAUUAUCCUGCGAUUAUCACCGGACGAAGAGGAGGUUUAUGUAUUCGUUCGGUUUGCCCCUCGCUGUGGAUAUUAUUGAUUCAGAGAAAAUUAGAGCCUGUUCACCUGAACGAGCUGAAAGGAUGAAUCAUGUAGGGAUGGGAUUUUACGUGUCUCGAGAUCUCGUAGUUGACCGCGGUUGCGCUUUUCAAACUCCAAUGCGUCAAAUGGUGUUUCCGCGAUAAAAUCCGUUGACGCAGCAACCAUCUAGCCGCUUUCGCCCUAAGGGAAUCCCCUUUUAUGGCAUUCUCCACGUGAUCUUCCUCUUUCGGCUGUUCGCAAACAUGCUGGAUCACCGGUGUGCGCUACGCGUUUAACAAGAAAUCGAUUUACAUCGUACAAUGCGCAAUAUUUUUCUCUGUCAAGAUGGUUCGCUCACCUCGAUGUUUGGCGCCUCUGAAAAAUGGGGAACGUAAGCCAUUAAAUCCAUAGGUUCGAUCGUAGAUUCGAUAACUCGAUUGCCCAAUUAAGAAAGUUCUCGAAAUGCGUCGUAGUAUGUUGUACGAUAAUGUUUUUCAAUGAUCUUUGACGAGCAGUGCAGCGCUGCGACACCUGAUGAAAAUAAAUCGAAGACUAAAUUGUAAUGAUUACCGUGAAACACAUCACGUUCACUAUCAUCGGACAACUGUUUUCUAACGCUUGACAGUAACUUUGAAAUUGUUAAUUGAGAACAACGAGCGAAUCUAUAUCUCACCUUCUUUCCCGAUGACAACUAAUGUUUUCUUAUUUAACGAUAUAAUUUAAUAAAUAAUCACUAAACGAAUCAUUCCUUCAUUCAAUUCUUAUAUUAUUUAUUGUUUUCCUGGUUUGGAACAUCUGUUUGAGUCCAACUGACGAAUGAUCGCAUCUCCGGAAUUUUGAUAUAUGCGUGAAGCACGUGAUUCCCGUAGAAACAGCUGUAGCACAGCUGAAAGUUCGUACUUCCGGGAGUGAACGUUUUUACAUCAGUAACCGAAUCGCUUCGCGACGCUAUUUUGUUACGUUUAUGUUAUGCCGAUAACGUUCGAUAAUAAGGCUUCUGCACGAAACAUGACAGAUCUGGAAAGUAUUCAGUUACCAAUAGAUAUGAUUAUACAUAUAUUAUCGUACCUACCUACAUCCGAUAGGAUGUCAGCAAGACUAGUCAAUCACUCUUGGAGAGAGGCAUCGCUCGCUAUGAAAUUUGUGGAUCGAGAAGCAUUAGUCCUUGGUCGACCACGCGCAGACAAUUUAUGUCAAGUAAUGGAGAUAUUGCAACAUUCUACACGACCAUUUUAUCACUUUAUUUUUAGAGAAGUGGAGUUGAAAAUAAACAUGCCAAUCUGGGAUCAGUAUGGACCCCAUAUGAAAAGUCUCGUAUUGUUUGGCUGUGAUUUAAGUGAGAAGACGCUUGUGGAGAUUCUUAAAUGCUGCAGUUCCUUGAAAGUGUUGCGUAUAAGUGCCUGUAGAGAAUGCUUGAUGUCUGGUAAACUUUUGGAGGAUGAAAAUGACAUAAAGGAACUCUCUGAAACAUUAAAAAACCUACAUGAACUUAAUCUCGAUUACAAUAGAUUUUUGAGCGAUGCUUUAUUUAACAGAUUAAUCUCCAUCUGCUCGAACUUGGAAUCCUUAAAUCUUAUGGGUUGUCAAAUAUCUUUUCACAGUGGAUUGUACAAAAAGUUUUAUCCUCAAAACUCAAAAACAUUACCAGAAGCUUCAAACUCUGUUCUGACGUUUCUCAACACUUUACAGUACCUUAAACAUCAAGCGUACAGAUUGAAGCACUUGAAUUUUGGAUAUACUCUAAUAGAUGGAACUGCUUUGGCCACUCUGUCAUCUAUAGAAGAUUUAAAACUGGAAUCAUUAAUGUUGCAAGGCUGUUAUCAAUUGACUAUAGAAGGCAUCAGGGGUCUAACUGAACAUCAAAAAUGUUUGAAGGUCCUUGAUAUUAGUUUCUGUGUAAGAAUCACGGAUGCUAGUUUACUUUGCAUUUGCAAAAAUCUGACAAAGUUAGAAGUAUUCAGAAUAAAAAGAUGUCGUGCAGUCACCGACACAGGUGUACAGUAUAUUAGACUAUUGAGAAACUUGAAGGAACUUGAUAUCUCGGAAGAUGAACAGCUCACCGGAGAUUGCAUUACUCACGGACUUUGUUUCAAUCAGAAAACAGAUGACAGUGGUAUUGAGGAAAACAUCGAAUUAGGAAAUAUAAAUUUCAAAUCUAUAGGCGAAUAUUAUGAUAUUGAAAAGACUGUACAAAAGAAGACCAUGCAGAUAUUCUCUGCAAAUGCAUUACACCUUCACGAAGAAUCGAUCGAAUGUAUAUGCCGGUCGUUUCCUAAUUUAAGAGUACUCGAGCUUAGUUACUGUUGCAGCGGUGUUACGGAUAAAACGAUACAGAUGGUAUUUAAGGAACUUGUACAUUUGCAAACAUUAAAAAUAAGCCAUUGCAAGAAGGUCAGUGAUGUCGGCUUAACGGGUAUGGGUGCUGGUAACCAUGAUGAACGAGUCGAAAACGUACAAGUUGUAUAUAAACCAGAAUUUACAGAAAACAGAUUGAGAAUUAGUUUACGAUCAAGGGCCGAAGAAGAAAUAGUACGGGACGCAAAUCGAAAACGGGAAGUAAUGAAACUCUGUGAAAAUGUGUCUAGACCUUUGGACAUAAAAUCUGUAUUUUCGUUAAUCAGACUGAAACGUCUUCAGGAAUUAGAUCUUUCCGGUUGCAAUAGAAUUACCGAUGUUAGUUUAAAACACGCAUUUGCUUUUCCAGAAUUGAGAAUCUUAAAUUUGAGUCAAUGUCAACAGGUGACGCAUGUGGGACUAGAUUAUUUAUCCAGGAACAAUCCUGCAAUCGAAGAUUUGAAUCUGAAUCAAUGUCAUAAUAUAUCAGACAUUGGAAUAUCGUACCUAGCUCAGAGAUUACAUAGAUUAAAACGGCUUCUUAUACAAGCAUGCUCACAGCUUACAGAUCAUACCCUUGAUUCUAUUAAAGCGUAUUGCAAAAGUCUUCAUUAUUUGGACACUCGUUAUUGUCGUGGAAUGACCGUGGCUGGUCUCGAAAGUUUGACGCAUCUUAUUAUGUACGUGGAUUGGAUAAAAUACAUCGACGAGAUCGUUUCACCUGAAAGCGAGGUACUUCCACCACCAGCUCCACCAUUACCGUCAUUACCUUCUUUACCAUAGAGGCGACUUCAAUAUUUGCUUUCGCAUUUCAAAGACAGGGUAAGAGAGAAUUAAAGUAUUAUUUAUCGAAUAUUACAAAUGUAGAAUGUUUCAGGAUGGAUAGUACAAUUAAAUAGGAAUUAAUUCAACACGUAAAUAUCAUGAAUAAAGGUGGAAUCAAGUAUUGUACCAUCCAUCCAGAAACAAUGUAUAUCUGCAAGAUUUGAACAAAUCGAACAAAAUUAGGAAAGAUACGAUACCAAUUCAUCGAAGUCUGUUCGUACGGAAAGUGAUUUUAGCAUGAAUUUCAAAACCGAUAGGCGGAAAUUCAAAACUCGAAUGAAUAUUUUAUAAUUAUCACUGGAAAGCACAAAGCAAGCCAGUUCUUUUCGUACUUUAUAGUAUAAACACUAAUAAUAAUAUUUAAUACUGUACACAAAGCAAUUGUACAUAGAGUGUUGUAUGUAUGGAUAACUAUUUAUGAAAAUAUUAUUUACGCGAUAAAUGCUUACUAUUAUGCAUAUAAAAGGAUAAGCAAAUAAGCAAACUGUUUAGAGACAUAUUUAUAACGUUGAUUAAAACUGAUAUAAUUCAAAGAAAUGUUUAUUACUUACUAUUUGCUUAAUAUACAAAUUAAAGGGUAGUUCAACGUGUGCGUACGUGUGUUUAUAAAGCAUAGAGUGACAAUGUGAUUUGAAUUGCGUGCAAUAAGCAAACCAAAAAGAUUGUUGAAUAUAUAACUUAAGUAAGAUGAACUAACAAUAAUAUUACAAGUUAUUUUUCACUACAAUGUUACAUUUUCAUUUACAUUAAAAUCUAUUAUAAAAGUAUGUAUUAUUAUUAUUAUUAUAAUACAUAUUAUUAUAAUACAUGAAAUAUUGUAAUAUAUAAAACUUUUAACUUUGUGUGUUAAAGAUUCAUAGUUUUAUGAUUGUAUACUUAUAAUACAGAGAUAUGGUAUAAAAUCAAAGUGAUAGAAUAUUAAAUGGAUUUUCUUAAACUAAACGCGAUUGACCGAUAUUUCACUUGAAUGAAAAAACAUAAUUGCAAUAGUUUACUUUCAGAAUGCUUUUCAAAGUAAAGAAAUGUUUGAAAGAGGUCUUUGUGUAAGGUUUUAUUCCACAAGACAGUACAAAGCAAUGCGCGAGCAGUCAUUGCGCUAGAGUUAGACUCUAAGUAUUUUUGCUGCCAUUUAAAUGAACAUAAACAUAAUAAAUUUUCAUACAUAGCAUAAGAUCUGCUUUUUGAAAACUUACAAAAUAAAUUAUUGUAACAUACAACUACUGUAAUUCAAAGAUAUGAUUAAUUUAUCUUGGCAAAUUGUUGAAAACAUGCAUGUGAUCAUUAAGACACAUCAUAAUGUAUACUUAAUUAUUUUAAUUACGCGAGAUUCGUGUACUUUUAAAUUAUAAUAUAAAGCUCUAUUUAUUGAACCAUGUACAGAUUGUACACAAUCCGUGUGAUACGCGUUCUCAUACAUAUAUACAUAUAUUCAUAUGUAUAUAUAUAUAUAUAUAUAUAUAUAUAUAUGUCAAGGAAAAACUGUGUUUAAUCGAGGAUAUAUACUUACAAUAAGAUUAUGUAAACCAUUUCUAAAUUUUAUUUAAAAACAAACAAGUUUAACAUUGUCUUUAAUGAUAGUUAAAAAUCUAUUCGUGUCGAAUAAAGUAAUUUCCACAAAGAUUGUGAUUUCAAGGAUAUAUCGUUA